AAUCGGCCACGACCUUGCUCAAGCGUUGUGCCGGUUUAACAUACUGGUCCUUCAACGCCGUAACAUUUUCCACUUGCCAGCGCCCAGCUUUUUGAGCCAAUCCGAAGAUUCCAAUUUGAGCCUAUCUGAAGCAGCCGUACAUUGCAGCAGCAGCUACAAAAUUUUUGCACAAAGCAACCACAGGAGCUUCCAGCAUCAACAGCAAAAACACACACACGAACACCGACACCUGUUAGAUAAAUAAAGCCAUCAAUUUUUUAAAUUAAAGAAGAUGACUCGCUUCACUAAUGUACGCAAACAAGCUGAGGCAAAUAAUUACCCGCUGACGUGCAGAUUAUGCAGCAACAAGCAUCCCUUAAGAGUAUGCCCAAUAUUUCGUGCAAAAAGACCAGAAGAACGCCUGCGUGACGUUCUGAUCCAUCGCUAUUGCACGAAUUGUUUAUCGGGGAUACAUCGUGCAGCACACUGCACUAACCCAGGGAGAUGUCGACGCUGUAACGAAGAACACCACACCAUGCUCCAUAUUGAGAACGUGAGCGAUGGAUCAAGACGUCAGCGACGAUCAAGGAGGCCAAUAAUCAACAAUGACAGUGAUGAUGCGCUUUCACUAGAUGCGUCUGAGGUCGGAGCGGAAUCGAAUGCUUUCCGCCCAGACCUGGAGGAGGAAGAAAUGCCAGUCGCUGGAGCGGAAACUAAUGCUUUCCGCCCAGAUCUAGAGGAGGGCGAUAUGCCAGAAACUGGAGCGGAAACUAGCGCUUUCCGCCCAGAAGAAUCAACCGGAAUGGAGUCAAACGCACUCCAUCUGGACUCGGCUAGUGAAGUGGAGCUGGAACCCCAGCGCUACGGGCAGCUCUUGAGAUAUGAGCAAAGAGAGCUAAGCGGAAUGGAAAUGAGAACUUUCCAACCGCGAAACGAAUGGCAUAGUCUUCAAACUCGACGACUGAACAAACGACCGCGUCAUCGGCGACAGCAUGGAAGAGUGGAAUCACAAGCGUUCCACCUUCCGCCUAGAACCGGUUUCCGGUCAGGUAUGGUCCAGGACCUCCGAGCCCCGGUACAUCCGAUUCAAGCCCUCACAUCGAUCGCGCCGACAGCUGUGGUCAAGAUAGAAGCAGCGGGCCGCCUACAUUUGGUUCGAGCCGUAAUUGAUGCGUGCGCUUCAACGUCCAUAAUCGCCGAAGAUUUGGCGAGGGAAUUAAAUCUUGGGGGAACUGCAAUAAAUUCCCAGAGGGGCUACUUCAUUAAGUUGAGAGGAAAGCAUGGACAGUCAGCCACCGUUACGACGCACGCAAUUUCCCUCAAAAAUUAUCGGAAGCGGACACCAAAUACUAGUUUGGACGCUACCGUAGUCGCCGCUUAUUCGAACCUGAAGCUCGCGGACCCGCGCUUCCACAUCGCUGCGCCAGUCCGCUUAGUAUUAGGCGCCGAGGUCUUCCCCAAAAUCCUACUCGGCGCAAUUCCUGCGGGUACUCUCGGCCCGCUAUUAGCACAGAACACCAUAUUUGGAUGGGUCCUGUCGGGCGCUUGUUGAACUUUUUUUUUAUUCGCAUACUUUUAUCAAACAUGAAUUAAAUACACAAUGAAUUGUUUUACUUAUUUUAUUGAAUAAAUGUGCAGUUGAAUUUUUGAAACCCACGUCUUUAAAUAAUACUUUCUUCUACCUUACAGAGUCUAGGUACAUGGACAACGGCAACGAAGAACAUUUACAUUAUAAGAUAAUUUUUUAAAAUUAAGGAGU